UCUCUCCGACUUUUAUACCAUUUUGCGCAUCCACCAUAAUCGAAUAAUCAUUCGAUCACCUGUUUUGUGUUACAUUCUCUGCUCAGUUCUGACAGUUGAUCAGAAAAAUAAUCGAUAGAAAAAGAUAGAAGGUAGUUGUUGUGAAGCUAGUUUAAAAACUAGCGCGUUAUUUUAUCUUCUAGAAACUAUGCAUAGCAGUUUUUGCGAAUUGUGAAUGCACAAAGAGGUGCCCAGGAAUAGACGAUUUGUAGCAGUAACUUGGACACCCGAAAAAAUAUUUCACAAUGUCUAAAUCUGCAACCAAGCCUACUAAGCGAAAAAAUCCCAAGUCGUCCUCAACUCCUAACCCAAAGAGAUUUAAACCAACAGUUGAACAAAAUGAAUCCAUUCCUGAUAUGGAAACAUUACUGUCAGAUUUGCCAAAGGAAGAAGGGAAUAUUUCUGAGAAACAAGCAGAAAUCCUAAAUGAAAAACAUGAAGGUUCUCCAGAAGAGAUAGUGAAUGAUGUCAAAAGUGAAGUUGUAGAAAAGGAACAUGAAAAUGAGAAGUCUCAGGAAAAUGAAAAAGAAAAGGGAAAAUCGUCUCCAAAAUUGGACGAUGGACCUUUUUUCGAUGAUGAUGAUAAAGUGAUAGAGCAAACACAUCAUAUCAUCAUUCCUUCAUAUUCAGCAUGGUUUGAUUAUGAUUCUAUAAAUGAAGUGGAAAAGAGGAGUCUACCAGAAUUCUUCAACAGUCGGAAUAAAUCUAAAACACCGGAAGUCUAUCUAGCAUAUAGGAAUUUUAUGAUUGAUACUUAUCGCCUCAAUCCAACUGAAUACCUCACUAGUACAGCUUGUAGAAGAACUCUAGCCGGAGAUGUUUGUGCAAUAAUGAGAAUACAUGCUUUUCUUGAGCAAUGGGGGUUAAUCAAUUACCAAUUGGAAUCUAACAGUAAACCUGCUGAGAUGGGUCCCCCACCAACAUCACAUUUCCAUGUAUUAUCUGAAAGUGCAGCUGGAUUACAAAAUAUUGGUACUCCAAAAUUGGCUAAUAAUGACUCGAAAAAAAUCAUGCUUGAUUUAGAUGAUCAUUGCCCUGAAAAAAACUCAAUGAUAGGCCAGCUGGGAUUGAAGUUAGAUCAAUAUGCUGGUAAAGCUAAGAAACAAAGCAAAGCAGCACGAGAAGCUAUGAGGUGUUGGACAGAGCAGGAAACCUUGCUUCUUUUGGAAGCAAUAGAAAUGUUCAAGGAUGAUUGGAAUAAGGUUGCAGAACAUGUUGGUUCUAGGACUCAAGAUGAGUGUAUAUUGCAUUUUUUGAGGCUUCCUAUUGAAGAUUCGUUUCUGGAUAAAUUACCCAAUGGUCCUCUAAAUUUUCAGCCGAUUCCAUUCAGUAAGUCUGGUAACCCAGUUUUGUCCAUCAUAGCAUUUUUAGCUUCCAUUGUUGAUCCUAAAGUAGUGACUGUUGCAACUGAAAGUGCCAUGAAAUUGUAUACCAAGAUGAAGGACGAAGAAAUUCCACACCAAAUAGUAGAGGACCAUUUAAACAGAAUAAGGGAGUCUAAAAUCGAAGGAAAGUUUGAUCCGAAGUUCCGUUUGGAAGAAACAGGAAUUUAUGGGACUGGGUCAAAUGAAAGUGUUGACGUUGAUGAGAUUGGGGAAAAAGAAGAUACUCCUAUCAUUAAAGUGGAAGGAGAUACCCAGAAAGAUAUUGAGAAAGCAGCAGUUCAGGCUCUAGUAGCAGCUGCUCUUAAAGCAAAAAAACUGGCCGAUGUGGAGGAACAAAAAAUGAAAGGGCUCAUUCAGCUUUUAAUUGAAACGCAGAUGAAAAAGUUUGAGUUGAAGUUGCAACAAUUCAAAGAACUGGAAUUGAUGCUUGUUAAGGAAAAAGAAACUUUGGAAUAUCAGAAGCAGCAGCUAAUCACUGAGCGGCAAAGUUUUCACUUGGAACAGCUUGAAGUAGCAGAACAGAGAGUCAAACAACAAGCUCAAUUGAAAGUUCACCAAGGAAGUGAAUAAUUUAGUAUUUAAAUAUUAUUUUGUUUUACUUGUUGAACCUUAAAGAAUGCCUAUUUUAAUGAGUCACUGGAAACAGUAAAAAAGAUACUAAAUUCUUCCUUGAACAUAGAGUUGACAUCAAAUACGUCUUGCAUUAUCUUAUGAAGUCUGGACAUUGUGAAUUAUAGGUUAAUUUUUUAUAUUUUUUAUGGUGAGACCUCAUAAUGAAAAACAUUGCUUUGCAAUAUUUCUCUUGAGUAUUUGUUUCUGUAAAAACAGGAGUGCCAUUUUUCUUGAUGAUCUCUUAUACCUUAUCUUAAAGGUUGAAGGUAUUAAAUUCAGAUUUGGUUUGUAGGAAUAGUUUGAUAAUUUUUAUUGUUAUAUUCAUUUCGAAAAAGGUUCAUUUCAUUUCAUUUAUUAUGUUCUUUUAUUUAAUGAGAGGUGAUAUGUAAAUUAAUUUAUUAAUAUUUAUUUAAUUCGAAUAUGUGUUCCUUAAUGUGUCAAAUUAUUGGAUAGCUUUUUUACUGGAUAGCUGGAUAGCAAG